CCCGGUUAACAGGCUCCCUCCUCCGUGAAAGCAGCAACCGGCCACUGAGUCACCAACAUCAGCACCAGUGACGAUGGAGUGAAGAAGCCCACACUCCCAACAGCAGGGAAAUACUCCGAGCAAGGCGAGGACAGAUCAGCCCAGCCUCUCUGUGGAGAGCCUCCUGGAAACAAGAUGGCCGGUGCCUCGGUGAAGGUGGCGGUGAGAGUCCGGCCUUUCAACUCCAGGGAGAUCAGCCGAGAGAGCAAAUGCAUUAUUCAGAUGUCAGGGAAUACAACAACAAUUGUUAAUCCAAAGCAGCCCAAGGAGGCCCCCAAGAGUUUCAACUUUGACUAUUCCUACUGGUCGCACACCACGCCGGCCGACAUCAAAUAUGCCUCCCAGCAGCAGGUAUACCGAGACAUUGGGGAGGAGAUGCUCGAACAUGCCUUCGAAGGAUACAACGUCUGCAUCUUCGCCUAUGGACAGACUGGGGCAGGGAAAUCCUAUACCAUGAUGGGCAAACAGGAAAAGGAGCAGCAGGGAAUUAUCCCACAGCUGUGUGAAGAUCUCUUUGCCCGAAUUAAUGACAGUACCAAUGCCAACCUCUCAUACUCUGUGGAGGUCAGUUACAUGGAGAUUUACUGUGAACGUGUGCGAGACCUACUAAACCCCAAGAACAAAGGGAACCUUCGUGUUCGGGAGCAUCCCAUCCUCGGUCCUUACGUGGAGGAUCUCUCCAAACUUGCCGUCACCUCCUACAAUGACAUUUCAGACCUCAUGGAUUCUGGCAACAAAGCUAGGACUGUGGCUGCCACAAACAUGAAUGAGACGAGCAGUCGGUCUCACGCUGUGUUCAACAUCAUCUUCACACAGAAAGCACACGACACCAUCCCAGAAACAACCUCUGAGAAGGUUAGUAAAAUCAGUUUGGUCGAUCUUGCUGGAAGCGAAAGAGCUGAUUCCACAGGAGCAAAGGGAACACGAUUAAAGGAAGGUGCAAAUAUCAAUAAAUCCCUUACCACCCUGGGCAAGGUCAUCUCCGCUCUGGCGGAUGUGGAUUCUGGAUCAAACAAGAACAAGAAAAAGAAGAAAACUGAUUUCAUCCCAUAUAGAGACUCAGUGCUGACAUGGUUACUCCGAGAGAACCUGGGGGGCAAUUCCCGGACAGCCAUGGUGGCAGCCCUUAGCCCAGCUGAUAUCAACUAUGAUGAGACACUUAGCACCUUGAGGUACGCCGAUCGUGCGAAACAGAUCCGGUGCAAUGCAGUCAUUAACGAGGAUCCCAACAACAAGUUGAUCCGGGAACUAAAGGAUGAAGUGUCUAGACUGAGAGAUCUGCUCUGCACACAGGGGCUGGGUGACAUUAUUGAUCUGUCCGGAAUGGUGCCUGGAGUGAGCCCCUCACCAUCCCUGUCCGCUCUGUCCAGCCGUGCGGGGUCAGUGUCCAGCCUGCACGACCGGCUAAUGAUCGCCCCUGGCAGCGAGGAAGCCAUUGAGCGAAUAAAGGAAACAGAGAAGAUAAUUGCUGAGCUGAAUGAAACAUGGGAAGAAAAGCUGCGUAGAACAGAAGCCAUAAGGAUGGAAAGAGAGGCUCUCCUUGCAGAGAUGGGGGUGGCCAUGCGUGAAGAUGGUGGUACAUUGGGUGUCUUCUCCCCUAAGAAGACUCCCCACCUGGUGAAUUUGAAUGAGGAUCCACUGAUGUCCGAGUGCCUCUUAUAUUACAUCAAGGACGGAACUACCAGAGUUGGGCGUGAAGAUGCGGAAAAGCGGCAGGACAUUGUGCUGAGUGGACAUUUCAUUAAAGAGGAGCAUUGCAUCUUCCGCAGCGAUAUUAAAUCUUUAGGCGAAGUGAUUGUCAUCCUUGAACCAUGUGAGGGAGCAGACACAUAUGUCAAUGGAAAGAAAGUGACUGAACCAACUGUACUUCGGUCAGGAAACCGUAUCAUUAUGGGGAAGAGCCAUGUCUUCCGUUUCAACCACCCUGAGCAGGCCCGUCAAGAGCGUGACAAGACACCCUGUGCAGAGACACCAGUGGAGCCUGUGGACUGGGCCUUUGCUCAGCGGGAAUUGUUGGAGAAGCAGGGCAUUGACAUGAAACAAGAGAUGGAGCAGAGGCUUCAGGAACUAGAGACACAAUAUCGGAGAGAAAAGGAGGAAGCUGAUUUACUUUUGGAGCAGCAGAGAUUGGACUACGAAAGCAGGCUUGAGGCCUUACAAAGGCAGAUGGAUUCCUGUUUUUACCCAGACAAUGCACAGGAAGAUGAAGAACCAGAGGAGGAAGUGCAAUGGACAGAGCGGGAGUUUGAAUUGGCACUAUGGGCAUUCCGUAAGUGGAGAUGCUACCAGUUUACCUCCUUACGUGAUCUGCUCUGGGGAAAUGCCAUCUUUCUGAAAGAGGCCAACGCUAUCAGCGUGGAAUUGAAGAAAAAGGUGCAGUUCCAAUUCGUUCUCCUCACAGACACAUUGUACUCCCCUCUACCACCUGAUCUCAUGCCUCCUGAUGCUGUGAAGGACAGGGAGAAGCGCCCAUUCCCACGCACCAUUGUGGCUGUGGAAGUCCAAGACCAGAAGAAUGGAGCAACUCACUACUGGACGCUGGAGAAACUCAGGCAGAGACUAGACCUGAUGCGGGAGAUGUAUGAUCGUGCCGCUGAAGUGCCUUCCAGUGUGGUUGAUGACUGUGACAAUGUUAUGACGGGCGGGGAUCCAUUUUAUGAUCGCUUCCCAUGGUUUCGGUUGGUUGGAAGUUCCCCUGUCUCUGGCUGUACUAGUUCUCCCAUUUUCAACACUUGCAUGACUGAGCGCAUGGCUGAUCUCACCCCCUCCCCCACCUUCUCGAACCCUGACUCUGACAUCACUGAGCUCGCAGAUGAGCACCAUGAUGGGAAGGAGGAGGAGGAGGAGGAGGAGGAGGAGGAGGAUGAUGAUGAUGAGGAGGAGGAGCUGGACGAUGAAACCUUUCUGGAUGAUCCCUUUUCUGACCUGGGGGGAGACGAAGGGUACCAGAUCCACCAUGAUGGCCAGGACCCGUUUUACGACCGCUCACCCUGGUUCAGUUUAGUGGGAAGAGCAUUCGUUUAUCUCAGUAACUUGCUGUACCCAGUGCCGCUGGUACAUCGUGUGGCAAUAGUCAGUGAGAAGGGAGAGGUCAAAGGAUUUCUACGUGUCGCUGUCCAGGCCAUUUCCGCUGACGAGGAAGCUCCAGAUUAUGGUUCCGGGGUUCGACAAUCAGGAACAGCCAAGAUCUCCUUUGAUGAUCAGCAUUUUGAAAAGUUUCAGUCAGAUUGUUGUACAGCUGGAAUGUCUCGCUCUGGCACAUCGCAGGAGGAGCUGCGAAUUGUAGAAGGACAGGGCCAAUCAAGUGAUUCAGGCCCCUCAGCUGAUGAGGUCAACAACAAUACCUGCGCAGCGACCCAGGAGGAGCCUGAUAGUCCAGUGAAGUCACCAGUAGACACACAGAUGGAUGGAAUCGUAGAACAUCUCAAAAUCGGCAGCAACUUCACUUUUAGGGUGACCGUUCUACAGGCCUCAAGUAUCUCAGCUGAAUAUGCUGACAUCUUCUGUCAGUUCAAUUUCAUUCAUCGCCAAGAAGAAGCCUUUUCCACAGAACCACUGAAAAACACAGGCCGAGGCCCCCCGCUUGGUUUUUAUCAUGUACAAAACAUUGCAGUCGAAGUAACCAAAUCCUUCAUAGAGUAUAUUAAGACUCAGCCCAUUGUCUUUGAGGUGUUUGGGCACUAUCAGCAGCAUCCGUUCCCACCACUCUGCAAGGACCUCAUCAGCCCCCUGAGGCCAUCUCGCCGACAGUUCCCUCGCGUGAUGCCCCUAUCUAAACCAGUACCAGCUACCAAGUUAAACACCAUGAACCGACCCACUGCAGGACAGUGCCAGGGCAAGUAUGACUUGUUGGUCUUCUUCGAAAUCUGUGAGCUGGAGGCUACUGGAGAGUAUAUCCCUGCCGUUGUUGACCACAGAGGUGGAAUGCCAUGUCAUGGAACUUUCCUACUGCACCAGGGAAUUCAGAGACGGAUUACAAUUACCAUUGUACAUGAGACAGGAAAUGACAUACGUUGGAAGGAAGUGCGAGAAUUGGUGGUUGGUCGGAUCCGGAAUACACCAGAGUCAGAUGAUUCUGUCAUUGAUCCCAACAUCCUGUCCCUGAAUAUCCUAACUGCUGGCUACACACACCCAACCCUGGAGGAUCGGCAAUUUCUUGAUUCGGAUAUGCCUAGAACCUUUUACCGAUUUGAAGCAGGCUGGGAUAGCUCCAUGCAUAACUCCCUGCUGCUGAACAGAGUGACCCCAUAUGGAGAGAAGAUCUACAUGACGUUGUCAGCGUAUUUGGAGAUGGAGAACUGUACACAGCCUGCAGUUGUUACUAAAGACUUCUGCAUGGUGUUCUACACACGAGAUGCCAGGCUGCCAGCCUCCCGCUCUAUCCGCAACCUCUUUGGCAGUGGAACACUCAAAGCUUCAGAGAGCAAUCGAGUGACUGGUGUGUACGAACUGAGCCUAUGCCGAGUCGCCGAUGCUGUUAGCCCAGGCAUGCAGCGAAGACGUAGACGGGUCCUUGACACCUCCGUCGCCUACGUUCGUGGGGAAGAGAACCUGGCCGGGUGGCGGCCUCGAAGUGACAGCCUCAUUCUGGACCACCAAUGGGAAUUGGAGAAACUGAGCCUUUUACAAGAGGUGGAAAAGACCCGACACUAUCUGUUAUUGCGUGAGAAGCUGGAGAGCACACUGAGGUCAGGUUGCGAUUCGGUCUCCUCUUACACCAGUGAGGACCUCAGCGAAUCCCAAAGCAUCUCCUCAACGUACAGUCUACACUCAACAGGCAGCAAUGACAUGCCAACGUCUACCUGCACCACUACUGAACGGCAGAAAGAGUUAGCAGCUAAGUGCCUCCGACUCCUAUCUCACACAUUUAAUAGGGAGUACAGCCAUGUCUGUAUCAGCGCCAGUGAGAGCAAGAUAUCUGAGAUGUCUGUCACACUGACAAGGGACACAUCAUUCUCCACAUUGAGCAACACCACACUGCCCCCUUCCUCGACCUGUCCGUCUCUGCUGGAAGGACAGUACGUCUCCCCAGAGCUCAGGACCCCUGAGGCCCAAUCCAGAGCAAUCAGUCCAGAUCCUGAUUCACUACAAGAAGGUGAACUGAAGAAAUCUCCUGUUGCCGGCAAGGAUGAGAAAGGCAGCCCUCGCAUGUUUGUAGCUGACAUCCAGGAGAUUAGAGUGAGUCCCAUUGUGUCAAAGAAAGGGACCCUGCACUUCCUGGAGCCUCAGACCAAUGGCUGGGUGAAGCGUUAUGUGGUUGUACGGCGGCCGUACGUCUACAUUUACAAUACCGAUAAGGACACAGUGGAGCGAGCCAUCCUCAACCUAUCAGCAGCACAAGUGGAAUACAGCGAGGACCAACAGGCCAUGCUCAAGACUCCAAACACAUUUGCUGUCUGCACUGAGCACCGUGGGAUACUACUGCAAGCCUGCAACGAUAAAGAGAUGCAAGACUGGCUGUACGCCUUCAACCCCCUCCUUGCCGGGUCAAUCAGAUCAAAGCUGUCCAGAAGGAGAAGCAGUCAGAUGAGGAUCUGAUAGAAAUCCUUGAAUCAAAUGAAAUUCCACUCAAACCCAGUGACAUCAGACUGGACUCAUGUACAUAAUCAACCCAGCCCUUCCAGCAUUGAUGUGAAUGCCCAUCUAACAUGCCUGCUCUACAUGUAGUCAUUUAUUGAGGAACAAAAAUUAAUAGUUGUGUGAAAGCAAAAACUGUGUUCGCCUGGCGCUGGGGAGCGCCGUGUUACGUGUGCGUGUGAUGAUCUGUGUGUCUUCAGUAAGUGAUUAGAUAUCACUGAUGAACGAGCUCCGUGGUGUGGACACUAGAUGCUGUAUGUGUUCCUUACGUUUUUUUUUUGAUUGGGGUGUUUGAGGGCUUGAUGAGGGGAAAGGGUGUUGGCGACAUUUUGUGGCACUAACAGUCAUUUCCAGCAGAAAGGCUGAAAUGGGUGGUGCAGUGCAUUUGGACACAAUCCUUUCCAAGAGUUUUGGUGUAUCUCUUGGGAAGGAUAAAGAAGCUGGUGGCUGAAUGAAUGAGAGCUUCUCAUUGAGGAGGUUGGCACUGGCAGAGCCCAUGCUGAUUUGCCUACUGAAUUAUCCCCUUAAAAGCAAAUUUGGCCUCCCUCCCAAAAGGCACCAUGAGUUGUUUGAAAUUUAUUCCUGAGAAGGAGGAGUUUAUUUUUUGUGGGAAGGAAGGAAUUGUCUAUUUAGGCAGGUGAAACCGAAGAAGAAUUGUAAAGUUGGGAAUCCUGGAGGAGGAGUAAAAGGGUAAAUGUAUAUAUUUCAUGUUCAGCUCUAUAAUGAUCGUGAAUUCUUAAUCUUGAAUAAUAAAUGUUA